UUUUUGAACUUCUUCCAGUACGACAGCAUUCGCCAACCGCCCACCUCGCGAACUCAACGGACCGUCGCAAUGGCCUCUACUGCUACCACCGUCCCCACUCAGGACCAUGUCCUCGUCCCCGAGACUCUCCUGAAGAAGCGCAAGAGCCAGGAGCAGGCUCGCGCUGUCGCCCGUGAGGAGGCCGAGAAGAAGAAGGCCGCCAACAAGGAGAAGCGUGCCACCAUCUUCAAGCGCGCCGAGUCCUACGUCAAGGAGUACCGCGAUGCUGAGCGUGAGAAGAUCCGCCUUGGCCGCGUUGCUCGCAAGGAGGGUAACUUCUACGUUGCCGAUGAGCCCAAGCUUGUCUUCGUUAUCCGUAUCAAGGGUAUCAACAAGAUCUCUCCCCAGCCCCGCAAGAUCCUGCAGCUCCUCCGUCUGCUCCAGAUCAACAACGGCACCUUCGUUCGCCUUACCAAGGCUACCCAGGAGAUGCUGACCAUCAUCAACCCCUACAUUGCCUACGGUUACCCCAACCUCAAGAGCAUCCGUGAGCUCAUCUACAAGCGUGGUUACGGAAAGGUCAACAAGCAGCGUGUUGCCAUCUCCGACAACCAGAUCAUCGAGGAGAACCUCGGCAAGUACGGCAUUGUCUGCGUUGAGGAUCUGAUCCACGAGAUCUACACCGUUGGCCCCAACUUCAAGCAGGCCAACAACUUCCUCUGGCCCUUCAAGCUCUCCAACCCCACUGGUGGCUUCCACAAGCGCAAGUUCAAGCACUUCAUCGAGGGUGGUGACUACGGUAACCGUGAGGAGAACAUCAACGCCCUCAUCCGCCAGAUGAACUAGAUUCGCCUACACUGGGCGAUUGGUGUUCGUACUGGGACAGGGACUUUGACGGCAUGAUGGUCUGAAUUAGUACAAAAAUGAAAAGCUUGACGCACUCUAUA